AUGGGUGGCGGAAGAGAAAUCAAGAGCAAGAGCUCAUACCCAACUCUCGCUUCCCGUCCUGUGGGACAAUGGAUCUCCAACAUCUACAAGGAGAGAAUUAAUCAAUUCUACUCCGGCGGGCAAUGGGAGAAGCACAACCUCCUGGCAAUGAUGACGGAGGGCACCGCAUCGGGCGAGCCUCACGUUAAGCUAUCCGUUUGGGACGCACCCGACACCACUCGCCCGACCUUUGAGGACGCUGUCUCGCACGAAUUCAAAAAGACCGAAGUUGGCGCCUGGUUUGGCCCCUCAUGGUCCACCCAUUGGUUCAAAGUCGUCUUGACCGUCCCGAAAGAGCUGCGUGACAAGGACCUUCUUGAACUCCGCUGGGAUGCCAACAAUGAGGGUCUCAUCUGGACCGAGGACGGCAAGCCGCUCCAGGGUCUUACUGGUGGCGGCGAGCGGACCGAAUGGAUUUUGCCAAAGGAGUUCAGGGACGGAAAAGAGCAUACCAUUUACAUCGAGAUGGCCUGCAAUGGCAUGUUUGGAAACGCCCCCGGCGGAGACGGGAUCCAGCCGCCGGACCCCAACAAGUAUUUCCGCCUUGGCCAAGCUGAAAUUGUGGCUGUUAAUCCCGAGGCACGAGCACUCUACAUUGACAUUUGGAUCAUUGGCGAUGCUGCGCGUGAGUUUCCUCAGGACUCGUGGGAGCAACACAAGGCUCUCAAGGUCGCUACUGAUAUAAUCGAUGCUUUUGAGCUUGGCAACAAGGAUUCCAUUCUGAAGUGCCGAAAGAUCGCGCAGGAAUACCUUGGUUCGAACGUCGACUCUCACAAGGUCUACAGCACCGACAAGGAGCCUCAAGUCUUUGGUAUUGGGCAUUGCCACAUCGAUAGCUGCUGGCUCUGGCCUUGGGCCGAGACAAAGCGCAAGGUCGUCAGAUCCUGGUCUAAUCAGUGCGACUUGAUGGACCGCUAUCCUGAGUUGAACUUUGCUUGCUCGCAAGCUCAGCAGUACAAGUGGCUGAAGGAAAUCUAUCCCUAUGCUUUUGACCGCGUCAAGACGAAGGUGAAGGAGGGCAGAUUUCACCCCAUUGGUGGUAGCUGGGUCGAACACGACACCAACAUGCCUAGUGGCGAAUCUCUUGUCCGGCAGUUCUUGUACGGCCAGCGAUUUUUCGAAAGCAACUUCGGCGAGCGUUGCCAGACUUUCUGGCUUCCCGAUACGUUUGGAUACUCGGCCCAGCUUCCCCAGCUCUGCCGUCUUGCUGGCAUGAACCGCUUCCUCACGCAGAAGCUCAGUUGGAACAACAUCAACAAGUUCCCGCACACGACCUUCAACUGGGUUGCGCUUGACGGAAGCCAAGUCAUCUGUCACAUGCCGCCCUCGGAAACUUACACCGCUGAAGCCCACUUCGGCGACGUGAAGAGAAGUGUCAGCCAGCACAAGUCAAUGGACCAAGAUCACACGUCUUUGCUCGUAUUUGGCAAGGGUGAUGGUGGCGGAGGCCCAACCUGGCAGCACCUCGAAAAGCUGCGCAGAUGCCGCGGCAUAUCCGAUCAAGUCGGCAUGUUGCCUAGAGUGCACAUGGGUAACAGUGUCGACGACUUUUUCGACAAGCUAGAGCCCAAGGCUACAGAAUUCGUCACCUGGUAUGGUGAGCUCUACUUUGAGCUUCAUCGUGGUACAUACACUACGCAGGCGAACAACAAGCUCAACAACCGCAAGUCCGAGAUUCUUCUGAGGGACGUUGAAUGGCUUGCCACUAUCGCGACACUCAGCGACGGUGGCAAAAACUACAAGUACCCAAAGAAGGAAAUUGAUGACAUGUGGGAGGCCGUUUUGCUUUGCCAAUUCCACGAUUGCCUACCAGGCAGCUCUAUCGAGAUGUGCUACGAUGAUUCGGACGAGCUCUACGACAUGGUCUUCAAGACCGGAAAAAAGAUCCUUGAGGACAUCCAUGGCGUGCUGGGAGUGUCUGCUACCACCAACGGCUGCAUUAACGAGACUGUGGCACUGAACACUCUCCCUUGGCACCGCAAAGAGGUUGUUGAGCUUUCCGCGACGGAAGCUGGUGUUGCUUGUGGUGAGGGCCAACUGCUGGCCAUCCGUCCUCUUAAGGUCUCCGAGGAGGAGCCAGCAGUCACUGUCGAAGAAGUCAGCUCUGGCGUAUUUGUUCUGCAGAACGAUCAGCUUCGCGUCAAGGUCGAGGACGGAACCAUAACUUCUCUAUAUGACCGUGUUGCCAACCGUGAGGUCAUUGAGAAGGGCGGAAAGGCUAACCAGUAUGUCAUUUUUGACGACAAGCCACUCUACUGGCAAGCCUGGGAUGUCGAAGUCUACCACCUCGACACCAGAAAGGAGCUUCGCUGUGGCAAGACUGCAAUUUCCGAGCAGAAAGCGCAUCGCGUCAGCUUGACUACCGAGGUCAAAGUUAGCGAAGAAAGCUCAAUCAAGUCCACAAUCACGCUUUCAGCCGCCUUGAAGGGGGUCCAGUCUUGGGUCGAGUGUCACGCUGAAGUCGACUGGCACGAGUCUAUGAAGUUCUUGAAGGUCGAGUUCCCUGUCGACGUCAGAAACACCGAGGCGUCCUACGAGACAGCGUAUGGUCUCGUGAAGCGGCCCACUCACUACAACACAAGCUGGGACAUGGCCAAAUUCGAAGUCUGCUGUCACCGUUUCGCUGAUCUUUCCGAGCACAACUACGGUGUUUCCAUUCUGAACGACAGCAAGUACGGUUUCGCAACCGUCGGUAAUCUGCAGCGCUUGUCUCUUCUGCGGUCACCCAAGGCCCCUGAUGCCCAUGCUGACAUGGGAACCCACCAAAUUCGCUGGGCGAUUUUCCCUCACGAGGGGCCACUGGGUUCUUCGACUGUCCGGGCAGCGUAUGCCUUCAACAGCCCUCUGAAGCUCCUGUCGGCUCCCGGCACUGUACAGGCAUCCCUCAACAAGAGCCCUGUCAAGCUUACCGGAGAUAGCUCUCUCAUCCUUGACACUGUGAAGCGGGGCGAAGACGACGAGGACGUCACUCGCGGUGAGCUGCCCAAGCGCAAGGGGCGCAACGUCAUCUUGCGUGUGUAUGACAGUCUCGGCGGCCAGAGCCGGGGUGUUAUUGAGACCACCUGGGACGUCAAGCGCGUCUUCAAGAGCAACCUGCUGGAAGACGACAUUGAGGAAAUCAAGAUCGAGAGCGGAAAGUUCCCGAUUACGCUGCGCCCCUUCGAAAUCGCAACCUACCGCCUGGAGUUGUAG